AGUUUGAAGGAGUUGGCUGUAUCUUCUGCACCGGUCUCAGUGGGUGGAAAGUCUACUGAGUUAAGGGAGGGAAAGGCUUCACCAGUUUCUGCACGCUUGUCUCGCAGUGUGAUUUAGAGAUGCAGAGCUGCGCCAAGUCCUGGGGGGUCUUUUUGGCCAAGUCGGUGAAUCCCGGCGCACCGCGCAGGCAUUUGAGCGAUCAGAGCCGCGUGGUUUGGAAACUUCAGUGCAAGAUCCGAAACAGCUGCGCAUCCCUAACAACAUCAGCCCGGGCUCUGAGGACCUCUGCAGCCGUCUCCUCCAGGCAGAUAGAAAGGAUUUUACCCAGACAUGAUGAUUUUGCUGAGCGCCACAUCGGUCCAGGUGAGAAGGAGAAGAGAGACAUGCUGGAUGUUCUGGGACUCGAGUCAGUCGACCAGUUGAUUGAAAACACAGUACCAUCUUCUAUCCGUCUGCAGAGGAGCUUGAAGAUGGAUGAUCCAGUCUGUGAGAAUGAAGUUCUGGAGACUCUCCAAAAGAUUGCAUCAAAAAACAAAGUAUGGAGGUCCUACAUCGGCAUGGGUUACUACAACUGCUCCGUACCGCCGCCCAUCCAGCGCAACCUCCUGGAGAAUGCAGGCUGGGUCACUCAGUACACCCCUUACCAGCCCGAGGUCGCUCAGGGUCGCCUGGAGUCUCUUCUCAACUACCAGACCAUGAUCUGUGACAUCACAGGCAUGCCUGUGGCUAAUGCCUCUCUGCUUGAUGAGGGAACGGCUGCUGCUGAGGCCAUGCAGCUCUGUCACAGACAAAACAAAAGAAGAACCUUCUACGUUGACCCACGCUGCCAUCCCCAGACUAUUGCUGUAGUGCAGACCAGAGCUAACUAUAUUGGAGUAAAAACGAUUCUAAAGCUGCCUCAUGAGAUGGACUUCAGUGGACAAGAUGUGAGCGGUGUGCUGUUUCAAUAUCCAGACACUGAUGGCAGAGUGGAAGACUUCACUGCGCUUGUAGAUCGAGCACACAAGGGUGGGGCCCUGGCUUGCUGUGCCACAGACCUAUUGGCACUGUGUGUGCUACGUCCCCCUGGAGAAUUUGGUGUUGAUAUCGCACUGGGCAGUUCCCAGCGGUUUGGGGUUCCUCUUUGCUACGGCGGUCCACAUGCCGCCUUUUUUGCGGUUAGAGAAAACCUGGUCCGGAUGAUGCCUGGCAGAAUGGUUGGAGUCACCAAAGAUGCAGCUGGUAAAGAAGUGUAUCGUCUUGCACUGCAGACCAGAGAGCAGCACAUCCGCAGAGAUAAGGCAACCAGCAACAUUUGCACUGCGCAGGCUCUGCUGGCCAAUAUGGCUGCUAUGUAUGCACUGUAUCAUGGCCCCCAGGGACUAAAACACAUUGCGAAGAGGACACAUGGUGCUGCUUUGAUCCUUGCAGAAGGUCUGAAGAGAGCGGGACACCGGCUGCAGAGCGAAAUGUUCUUUGACACACUAAAGAUCAGCUGUAGCGUGGCUGCCAAAGAUAUCCUGGAGAGAGCUGAGCAGAGGAAGAUAAACCUGCGAGUCUACGCCGAUGGAGUGUUGGGCGUCUCUCUCGAUGAAACGGUGACUGAGAGGGAUUUGGAUGACUUGCUCUGGGUCUUUGGCUGUGAAUCUUCUGCUGAGCUGAUAGCUGAAAAGAUGGGCGAGCGGGUGAAGGGGAUCAUGGGAAGUCCUUUCAAGAGGACAAGCAAAUACCUUACACACCAGGUCUUCAACAGUUACCAUUCUGAGACCAACAUUGUGAGAUAUAUGAAGCGUCUGGAGAAUAAGGACCUCUCCUUAGUCCACAGCAUGAUACCCCUGGGCUCCUGUACCAUGAAGCUAAACAGCUCAUCAGAGCUCAUGCCCAUAACAUGGAGGGAGUUUGCCAACAUCCAUCCUUUUGUGCCCCUGGAUCAGGCAGAGGGCUACCAGAAACUCUUCAGACAGCUGGAGAAAGACCUCUGUGAGGUGACGGGCUAUGACAAGAUCUCGUUCCAGCCAAACAGUGGUGCUCAGGGAGAAUAUGCAGGCCUGGCUGCCAUAAAAGCCUACCUGAACUCAAAGGGGGAGAGUUCAAGAAGUGUUUGUCUAAUCCCCAAGUCUGCACACGGGACCAACCCAGCAAGCGCUCAGAUGGCAGGAAUGAAGGUUCAAGUGGUGGAGGUGGAUAAGGAUGGCAACAUCGAUCUGUCUCACCUGAAGGCCCUGGUGGACAAACACAAGGCAAACCUGGCAGCCAUGAUGAUCACCUACCCCUCCACCUUUGGUGUGUUUGAAGAGCAUAUCGGAGACGUUUGUGACCUUAUUCACAAAAACGGUGGCCAAGUGUACCUGGAUGGCGCCAACAUGAAUGCCCAGGUGGGCUUGUGUCGUCCUGGAGAUUAUGGGUCGGAUGUUUCUCACCUAAACCUGCACAAAACCUUCUGCAUCCCUCACGGUGGAGGAGGGCCCGGCAUGGGUCCAAUUGGAGUGAAGGCGCACCUUGCCCCCUUCUUACCGAGCCACCCGGUGGUUUCCAUGCAGUCAGUGAACAUCAGCAGCUCACUGGGCACCAUCAGCGCAGCUCCCUGGGGCUCCAGUGCCAUCCUGCCAAUCUCCUGGGCUUACAUUAAGAUGAUGGGAUCCAGGGGACUGCGGCACGCUACAGAAGUGGCCAUCCUUAAUGCCAACUACAUGGCCAAGAGGCUGGAAGGUCACUAUAAAACCCUUUACAGAGGCAGGAAAGGUUUUGUAGCCCAUGAGUUCAUUCUGGACGUGAGGCCAUUCAAGAAGACAGCUAAUAUUGAGGCUGUUGACGUGGCCAAGAGGCUGCAGGAUUAUGGUUUCCAUGCACCCACUAUGUCUUGGCCAGUGGCAGGUACUCUUAUGAUUGAGCCUACAGAAUCGGAAGACAAGGCUGAGAUGGACCGUUUCUGCGACGCCCUGCUAGCCAUCAGACAGGAGAUCGCAGAAAUCGAGGAGGGAAGGAUGGACUCGCGCAUCAACCCACUUAAGAUGGCCCCUCACUCUUUGGCGUGCAUCUCAACGUCCAGCUGGGACAGACCCUACUCCAGGGAGUGUGCCGCCUUCCCCUUGCCCUUCAUAAAACCUGAGACCAAAUUCUGGCCGAGCAUCUCCAGGAUCGAUGACAUCUAUGGCGACCAGAACCUCAUGUGCACCUGCCCACCCAUGGAGGUGUAUGAGUCUCCAUAUGAGGAGAAGAGAGCCUCCUCCUAGAUACUCUCUGUGGCUCAGUCCCAUUGUCCAGCCAGCGCACAAAACCUCCAAUUUUAAACAUCUGUGAUUUUUAUAGAAGUUCUAUAUAGUGGUAAAUUUCCUCAAAACCUGCACUAGGGCUCUGAAAUCUCCAGGAGAGCCCUCGAGUAUCUGAUUUUUAACAGUGAGGCAGAUCUGAGCUGCCGCUGAUGUAAUGGGUGGAAAAGAGUGCGAGGUGGAUGUUGGGACUGGCCUCUCUCUGACUGCACCCUUUUUGUGGGGUUGUAGGCUUUUGCCCUGACUUGAACUACUCAAAUUGACCAAAGGUGUGACUUAUUGCUAUUCCAAGCUUGCGAAAAUAAGCGCACCCUUCAACACAGAGGCCGCUCCAUAGCCCACCUCUGAAAUGCUGUACUUUAAGCCAAGUGCAGAUAAUGUGACAUCUGUAAUUGCUCUUGGUGCCUCUGUUCUGUGUAAAAUAGCUGCUUUCAUUUCAACUUUUUUUUUUUUUUUUUU